AUGGACCGACCUGAUGGACGCUCAAUCCCCGACCUCCGCCCCAUUUCUUUCAUCCCGAACGUGGCGCCUCAUUCCACGGGCUCGGUGCUCGUUUCCUUUGGCAAUACCCGCGUGAUUUGCGCAGCCACAGUGGAAGAAAACGUCCCACGCUGGAUGAAAUUCCAAAACGUCGAAGGUGGUUGGGUAAGCGCUGAAUACUCCAUGCUCCCCUACUCCACCCAUGACCGAAAGCAGCGAGAUAUCAACCGAGGUAAACUUGAUGGUCGUUCAUCGGAGAUCCAACGUCUCAUCGGCCGAUCUCUCCGCGCCGUCAUUGAUCUUAAAAAACUGGGCAAACGCACCAUUUGGAUCGAUUGCGAUGUCCUCCAAGCCGACGGAGGGACGCGCACGGCCUCCAUUACCGGAGGGUGUGUUGCUGCUGCCAUUGCCCUCAAUCGCCUCAUGUCCAAGGGGAAAGUCAAAGAAUUCCCUCUUAAAAAGCUGGUCGCCGCCGUAAGUGCGGGAAUUUAUCAAGGAGAGGCAAUCCUAGAUCUCAACUAUCCUGAAGACCGGGAUGCCGCAGUCGAUUUUAACGUCGUGAUGACCGAAGACGGAGAAUUUGUCGAGCUCCAGGGAAGCGGUGAAGAAGACGUUUUCACCAGCGAACAAAUGACUGCCAUGCUUGACCUUUCCAAAGCCGGCAUCUCAAAACUGGUCGAGCUUCAAAAAGAAGCGAUCCUUAACGCCGACAAAGCGACCGGAGCCGAUCUUGAAGGCCUCGCUCAAGCCUUUCGCUAA